UUCCACAUGUUUAUCGUCUAAGUUACAUAUUAUUAUUCUGUUUGUAUCUUGGAGUUAAAGUUAAUAUUUAAACAAAUAGAACUUCAAGCAACGUGUUUUCUUACUCUGCAUAUGUUUAUAAAGUGAUAAGCGUCUAACAUCUCCAGGAAAUGGCUGACGAAGAAUACGAAGCAGAGGAUGCUGGUGCUGAUUAUGACGAUAUUGCCGAAGAAGAUGAUAAUAUUGAAGAAACCGAAGAACAGGAAGAAGAUGGAUACAACGUGCAAUGCCUUGCGCCUGGCCAGGCAGGCGGCGGAGUGGAGAAAUCUAAGCGUAUCACUACUCGAUACAUGACGAAAUACGAACGCGCCAGAGUUCUAGGAACAAGAGCACUGCAAAUAGCAAUGUGCGCCCCAGUAAUGGUCGAGCUAGAAGGUGAAACAGAUCCUCUACAAAUAGCCAUGAAAGAACUGAAACAACGUAAGAUACCUAUCAUUAUCAGAAGAUACCUGCCUGAUCAUUCAUAUGAAGACUGGAGUAUUGAUGAACUUAUUAUAAUUGAUCAUUAGAACUAUGUCAACUGAAUUCAGUUCAUUUAUAAUGAAAUCUGAAUGAUUAAAAUUGUUAACGAUAUUAUUUGCCAAGGUGAAAUUGGUACUGUGUUUCCAAAAGAGGGAAUUAUUU